AUUAUUGUUGAUGCAGCUCCAUAAAGAAAACAUUAAAAAAAAAAAAGAAGAGAACCACAAAGCCUCAAACUCUCGAGAAUGAAAAUCCUAUUAGCACACAAUCAAACAAAAACAAUCAAUUACCAAAACACAGCACACUCAUCUCAUGAUUCAAACCCCACACUCACAAAAAAGAAUGAUAAAUAAAUGGCAAAAUCCAAGCCACUUGUUUAUUUCCCUCAAUCCGUCAUUAUCAUAUAUUUUUCUUAAAAAGACAAAUAAAUAAAUAAAUGAGAUUAUUAGUAAUGAAGGACUUGGUGAUUGAAUUGAAUUGAGCCAAAUAGAAAUCCGCCCGCGAUGACCCACCCUAUCCUUUCGUCUUCCCCUGCAGCCAAGCCAGCCCUCGCCUCGCCAAUGACAAUCCCAAAGCCUUCUUCUUCUUCCUCCUGCAAGCAGCAGCAGUAGUAAUUGCAUUUGUCAUAAAAACCCGCACUCGGGUUUCCCCGCAGACCGCACACGCUCUCCCCUUUUCCGCCACUUGCUUUUAAACAACUCGUCCUCUCACUCACUUCCCUACUAUUUCACCUGCUUCCGUCCUCUCUCCGAUUUCCACAUCGCUACCAAUUCAGAUUCCUCUACACCUCUCUGCAGAAUCUAUUAUAACGCUUUUUACUCUCUCUCUCUCUCUCUCUCUCUCUCUCUCGCACAAAUCACGUUUCCUUGGAGACUAUAAACAAGGAUAGUUUUUUUUUUUGGGGGAGGGGGUUUCUUACCCUGCUCUGCCUCUCUGCUUCACUGUCACGAUUAGCUGGAAUUUGCCAGGCUCCUUUGUCUUUGUGGGUGGCAUAUAGACUGGGGUUUGAGGAUUUUGGAGGAGGAGCUGGCUGUGGGGGCGUGAGAGGGAGGGACGACAACUACGCCCACGAUCUGUUUGGUUUUAUUCCUCUUAGAAGACGAGUAGAGAGUCGGGUUUUUUUCUUCUUUGGGGUUUUGAGGGAUAAUCAAUCAUGCCAUCAGGUGCGAAGAAGAGGAAAGCUGCUAAGAAAAAGAAGGAACAGCAGGCCUACCACCACCAUCCCAGCGACAGCAGCAAUGGGAACAACCCACAAGGAAACGGUGAUCAAAAAGUUGAAGAUGAGAGGGAUAGUGAUAUCUCUGAGGUGAAUUCCCCAGGAUCAGAAGGGAAUCCUCAUCGCCAGCAUACAUUUGACGAGGGCAAUGGAUUACCCGGCAACACUGGGAUUGCUGCUGAGAAUCCAACUGGAGAAACAGGACGAAGUGAUGAAGCUGCACACCAUGACGAUGAGGUGAUUAAGAGGGAGGAGGAUGGGAAGUCUUCUGAUCAGGAAGUCAAGAACCGUGAGGUUACCCUUGAGCACAUGGAUUCUGAAAAGGCCUCCCAUGGUGACAGAAGCUCAACUAGUAGCAGCAGCAGCUCUUCUGAUGAUGAGUCCUCCUCAGCAGUUCAGGAUAAGCUAAACGAAGUGGUGAUACCAAUUUCUGAAGAAGUUAUCACUGAGAUGGAAGCUGCUGAAGUUGUGAACCCUGAGGUUAUUGAGAUUGCUGAAGGAGGAUUGAAGGAUCAUGAGGUGAAGUUGCCUACAUCUUAUCAGUCUAAUGAAGUGCUAGUGCCUUUGGAUUCUGGUAAAAAUCAAGAAGUUUUCCCUACAUCGGAUCAGAAUGUUGAGGUGGUUAGCGAAACUGUUACCGAAGGUAAAACAUUGGCAUCAUUAGGUGCUGCUGCUGAAACCAGCAUUCCUCAGGGUGCCCGUGCUUCUACUGAAACCGAUGUUAGUGCUGUUUACGCUAAAGACACCAAGAUUUCUGAAUCAAUCGAGAAACAGCCUCUUGUGGCCAACAAUGCUCCACGUUUAGCUCAACGAACCUCCUGGUUUAGCUGCUGUGGCUUAUUGGAUGCAUUUACUAGUUCCGAUCGGUGAUGCCAGGUAAACAUAAAUCCCAACUCCACAUUUAGUUUCCUGUGCAAUCGCUGUUGUGGGCCUUAUUUUCCAAUUGCCUUUUGUUGAAUCAUUGAGCCACAUCCUCUGUCUUGAAUUUUAUGGAUAAGCUGUUAGCUUUCUUCUGUUUCAUUGAGUGGAUAUCCUGGAACCUGGAUGUCGCCAUUCUAAAUGUGCCAGUUGAUUUAUGAGCUAAUCAGAAAACAAAACCAGACACAGUAAGUUGCAUACUUCGCUAGGUUGUAUCCAAUGGAAUCUCCACUCGAGCUGUUUGAGGGAGGAAAUGAUUCAACCCUCAAUGAACGAUUCCAUCUGGAGACGGGCUAUUAUUACCGUGCUUUGAGGAAAUUUCCACGCACCGUGUCACUUAAGUGGGUGGCACAAUCUUAUUGUUUCUUCUGAUAAUUCUACUAGCAUUGAAGUAGCAAAUUCAAAGAUUUCAGUGUUAAAUCCAUGAGAAAUUGUUCUUAAAUCAUUUGCUUUGACUGCAGACACAACGCUCGAUGAAUCAUGGGCAGGCAAUUGGGGAGUAUUUGUUACAGCUCGGAGUUAAAGUCCUUUUGAGAAAGGGAAAAGGAGGGUAAAUGAAUUUCUGAAUAAAGAACGAGGAACAUACUAUAGAGGGAAGCUUUUCUUUUUUCUUACAAGGUUUUAGAAACAUAGCACUAGUUUUAUGGAGUCUCUAGGGUACUGCUUAGUUUACCAUACAGACUAUGUUUCUCUCUAAGGAUGUGUGUUGAUUCUUCAGUGGUGUCAAUAGAACAGUGUGUUUGUUGUACCUGCUUCGCUUAUAUUGAUCAUCAUUGAUCAUCAUCGACGUUUGUUUCAUUGUUGGAAAUGUUAACAUCUUUUAGUCGAUUUUGAUCAUCAACGAGGGCUGUGCAAUGUUUUAGUCGAUUUUGCCAAAUCAACUUUCUGAUAGACUUCAUGUUGAAACUGGAUAAACUCGAAAAUGGUCUGAAUUAUAGAGAAUGCUUGUUCAUCACUUUCUGGAGAGAACACGACCAUGAAUGCCCAAAACCGGUACCAGUGGCAAUUAGCAUUAGUGCCUUGCUGCUUCUAGCAAAGAAGAUACUGGAUCCUUAGCAUUCAGUGCUCCAGGUUAGUAAUAACCGUGAGCAACAAGC